UCUGGCUCCACAUGCUGACACCUUUGACGGGUAAAAUUUCCACGCGGGAGAUCGGCGCGGCACUUGGACAUCAUUGCACAAAUUCCAUCGCAUCUCACAAGCAUGGUGAAGAUCAGCGCACUCUUCGCCGUGGCCGCCACCGUCGCGGCCUCGGCCAAGAUCUCGGUCCAAGUGCACCGCAACUUGGAAGUGGCGAAAACGUCCAACGUCGUCGUCAAGUUCCACUGCGGCCAAGCUCUGACCAACCACCGCCGCCGAUUGAAGGCAGGCGCGUCGCGCACGGAGACGAUUGAGUCGCUCGUGCAAUCGUUGAAAGAGCACACGGACCAGUCCCAGGCGAGUGUGAAGAACCUAUUGUCCACGGAAGUGGCGGCGACGUCGAACAAGGUCAAGGUAACCACGACGUGGAUCGACUGCUCCAUGUACAUUGACAAUGCGUCGGACGACCUCGUCAAGAAGAUUGCGUCGCUGCCCGAAGUCAAAUCGAUCAACGAACCGGUCGUGAUCAAGCUCGAACAACCCAAGAAAUCGGAUCAACCCGCCGUCGUGGCUGGUGCCAACCAGUGGGGCGUCGACAUGAUCAAUGCGCCUGCUUUAUGGGCGACUGGGACCAAGGGCGACGGCAUUGUCGUCGCCAAUAUCGACACGGGCGUUCGAUACACCCACGAAGCGCUCAAGUCGAACUGGCGCAAGGAAUACGGGUGGUACGACCCGUACAACAACACGGACAUGCCCGUCGACCCGUGGGGACAUGGCACGCACACGAUGGGCACCAUGGUGGGCACGACCCAAGGCAUGGGCGUCGCUCCCAACGCCAAGUGGAUGGCUUGCGUCGGGUGCCCCGAGAACAUGUGCCCGGGCAAUAUUCUCACGCAAUGCGCGCAAUUCCUUCUGUGUCCGCAUGACAAAGAUGGCAAGAAUCCCGACUGCAGCAAGGCGCCGCACGUGAUCAACAAUAGCUGGGGCGCAUACAGCACGUACUUUUGGUGGGAAGACACGAUUGCAGCGUGGCGCGCCGCCGGCAUCAUUCCCGUCUUCUCGAACGGGAACAACGGGUACGACGGAUGCGGCACGGUCGGGUACCCUGGCUCGUCGCCCCAAGUGAUUGGCGUCGGCGCGACCGACAGCACGGAUCACUUGGCGUACUUUUCAAGCUUGGGCCCGGCGGUCACGUACCGCAUCAAGCCCGACAUCUCGGCCCCCGGCGACUGGGUGACGUCGGCUGGCAACUACGACGACACGGGCCUCUCGACCAUGUCCGGCACGAGCAUGGCCGCGCCGCACAUCUCUGGCUCCAUCGCGCUGUACUUGUCUGCCCACAAGAACGCCACGUACGACCAAGUGUACACGGCGCUCACAAACAACGUCGACACCGACACGCUGAUCCCUCCCAACAAACGGUGCGACAGCAUUCCCAACACUGAAUACCCGAACAACCUGUUUGGUUUUGGCCGCGUGAAUGCGUUCAGGGCGGUGACGGCUCCGCCGUCGACGCCUCGCCCGACGCGCCCCCCCACGCCGCCCAAAUGCUCGUCCUGGACACUCGACUACGACUACGUCGGCGGCGACAUCAAGUCGGUCUCGUCCCGCGACUUUGACGACUGCUGCGACGAGUGCGACAAGACGCCGCUCUGCAACGCGUACACGUUUACGUGGGACAACAGCGGGACGUGCUGGCUCAAGACAAUCGAUGACUCGACGCCGUGGGCGUACAAAGUGGGCGCUCGAUCCGCCAAGCUCGUCAACCCGACCAAGCCCCCGACCAAGUGCGGCACCCUCGAAAACAACACAGACUACCUUGGCAACGACUUGACCUCGACCAAGCAAACGCAGCCCGACGCGUGCUGCGCCGACUGCGAAAACACCCCCCGAUGCAAACUGUUUGUCUGGUCCAACUACCUCGGCGGAACGUGCUGGCUCAAGCACACCAAGGGAACCAAAGUGGUGUCGAAUGGAGCCAUCGCUGGCCAGUUGCCGACGUCCGCCACGUGCACUCCCAUCGAAGACAACGUGGAUUACUUUGGCAACGACAUCAAGUCGACGAGCCGCGCGUCGGCGGACGCGUGCUGCGCCGAUUGCGACAACACUGCCGGGUGCAAGCUGUUUGUCUGGUCCAACUACAAUGGCGGGACGUGCUGGCUCAAACACACGCAAGGCGUGAAAUCCACUGUCAUGGGCGCCCGCGCGGCCAAGUUGGUCGCGUCGCCAACGUGUGCGGCCCCCGAGACCAACGUCGACUUUGUCGCUCAAGACAUUGCCGAAGCGCCAGGCGCGCAAGCGGCCGACUGCUGCGCCGCGUGCCAUGCCAACCAAGCGUGCAACGCGUACAGUUGGUUCAACGGCAUGUGCUACUUGAAGGGUCGUCGCGCCAGCACGAUCUCAAAGACGGGAGUCGUCUCGGCCCGCGUCGACAAGUGCAGUCCGCUCGAAGUGGAUGUGGACUACGUCAACAACGACCUGUCGAACGUGUCGGCGGACGUGGCGGACUGCUGCGCCAUUUGCCGACAAACGAGCGGUUGCCGCGCGUUCAGCUGGUUGAAUGGCGUGUGCUACUUGAAGAGCGGCAAGGGGGCGACGAUUUCCAAACCGGGGGUCCAGUCGGCGACUGUGAACUAGGUUGUUAACAUCGUGUUAUAAAUAUCUGCAUGACCACACA